CAAUACUACUACUUCUCUACUGGCCCCACAAAAAUCCUACUUACAUAGUAACAUACUCAAAUACCCACGUUAAAACUCUGCCACACUCUUUGACCCCUAUUUCAUCAUCUCAUUCAUUAUUUAGUUUUGUUACUCAAAUUUUGACACAAAAAAAAAAUACUAGUAAACCAUGAAUAGGUGCACUGGUGCAACCAUGAUGGGUCCAUGUUCAUGUGGUCUCUACCAUUACCAGCCCAACUCAUUCUCAUCCAUAUUUCCAAUGCCAUAUGACCAAGAAAUGUGUCCUUCUUCUUAUGGUUCUUCCCCUUCUUCGGUUGAUUGUACUUUGUCUUUAGGUACCCCGUCUACUCGUUUAUCGUCAAACGACUACGAAAAAACGCACCACGAGAAACGUCGUGGGUCUAAUUGGUGGAACAUUUUGCAAUCUUCCAACGCACCUUCGGCACAUAAAGCCAAUCGUGGCGGCGGUGGUGGCAAUAAUAAUGCUUCUGGUAAUGCGGAUAGCCUUUUUUCGAGACGGUGUGCUAAUUGUGACACCACUUCUACUCCACUUUGGAGAAAUGGACCUCGCGGACCUAAGUCAUUGUGCAAUGCAUGUGGAAUUCGAUACAAGAAAGAGGAGCGACGAGCCAAUGCGGCAGCAGCAGCGACAACUGGUGGUAGCGACACAACAGAUCAAGGAUACCAUCACCACCACCACGGCCACCAAUACAUGAUGAAUAAUAAUAAUGGCAACCAAUGGGCCAAUGAUUACUCACAAUCAGCCCACAAAAUGCCAUCAUGCUACUCACCAGCUGCAGUGUCCAAUGAGUACAGGUUCAUGGCGGAUCACGAAAUGGACGACAGAGAUUCGCCGUUCCUCUCAUGGCGUCUCAAUGUCACUGACAGACCAGGCCUUGUUCAUGAUUUCACUAGAUGAAAAAUAAAAAUAAAAAAAGAAACGUAAAAUGUGACGUGUCGUAUCGUAUGGUGCAGUGGAGUACGUUUUACUGAUGAUGACAUGGAAAUGUGAGGAUGACCCCUUUUUUUUUUUUUUUUUUAAAUUUUUGGCUUGUUCAAAUUAAAUUCUUUACGUUAGGAUGAAGAUGUAUUAGAUUAGAUCUUGGUUUUUGUUUUUUUUUUUAUUAUUAUUAAGCUUUAGUUUUAUUAGUA